GCCCGCGAGCCUGGCCAGCGAGGCGAGCCGCGGGGGGCGCGCCCCGGGAGGGCCCCCGGAUCCUCCGCGCAGGAUGCCCCACGAAGAACUGCCGUCGCUGCAGAGACCCCGCUAUGGCUCAAUCGUGGAUGAUGAAAGGCUGUCUGCCGAGGAGAUGGAUGAGAGGAGGCGGCAGAACAUUGCCUAUGAAUAUUUAUGUCAUCUGGAGGAAGCUAAGAGGUGGAUGGAAGUCUGCUUAGUUGAAGAAUUGCCACCAACCACUGAACUGGAAGAAGGGCUCCGGAAUGGAGUUUACCUUGCGAAGUUAGCCAAGUUCUUUGCCCCGAAAAUGGUCUCAGAGAAAAAGAUCUAUGAUGUGGAGCAAACGCGUUACAAGAAAUCCGGCCUUCAUUUUCGACACACGGAUAAUACUGUCCAGUGGUUGAGAGCCAUGGAGGCCAUUGGGCUGCCCAAGAUAUUUUAUCCAGAAACAACAGAUGUCUAUGAUCGGAAAAACAUUCCAAGAAUGAUAUAUUGCAUUCAUGCGCUAAGUUUGUAUCUGUUCAAACUAGGAAUAGCACCCCAGAUCCAGGACUUGCUAGGCAAAGUGGACUUCACAGAGGAAGAAAUCAGUAACAUGAGGAAAGAACUAGAGAAAUACGGAAUACAGAUGCCCGCUUUCAGCAAAAUAGGUGGCAUUCUGGCCAAUGAGCUGUCUGUGGAUGAAGCUGCACUGCAUGCUGCAGUGAUAGCCAUCAACGAGGCUAUUGAAAAAGGAGUGGCCGAGCAGACCAUCAGGACGCUGCAGAACCCCAAUGCCGUUUUAACAUUAGUAGAUGACAGCCUUGCCCAGGAGUAUCAGAAAGAACUCUGGGAAGCCAAAAAGAAAAAAGAGGAAAAUGCAAGAUUGAAGAAUAGCUGCAUUUCAGAGGAAGAGAGAGACGUCUAUGAGGAACUGCUGACACAAGCAGAAAUCCAAGGCAAUAUCAACACCGUCAACAGGCUGGCUGCGGUGGACCACAUCAAUGCUGUCCUCCAGCAAGGCGACCCUGCCAACACACUGCUUGCCCUGAAGAAACCAGAGGCCCAGCUGCCCGCCGUCUAUCCCUUCGCUGCUGCUAUGUAUCAGAACGAACUCUACAACCUCCAGAAGCAGAACGCCAUGAACUACCUGGCCCACGAGGAACUCCUGAUUGCCGUGGAAAUGUUGUCUGCUGUUGCUUUGCUCAACCAGGCUCUGGAGAGCCACGACCUCGUGUCUGUGCAGAAUCAACUGAGAAACCCCGCAAUCGGCUUCAACAAUCUGGACGAAGCGCAUGUGGAACGUUAUGCAAAUGCACUGCUCUCUGUUAAACAAGAAGCCUUAUCCCAAGAGCAAGAUAACUUAAGCUGGAAUGAAAUUCAGAGUUGUAUCGACAUGAUCAAUGUCCAGAUUCAAGAAGAAAAUGACCGAAUUGUAGCUGUCGGAUACAUCAACGAAGCUAUCGAUGAAGGGAAUCCUUUGAAGACUUUAGACACCUUGAUGUUGCCCACGGCUAAGAUCAGAGAUGUGGACCCGAGCCACGCCCAGCACUACCAGGAUGUUUUGUACUGUGCAAAAUCACAGAAAGUCAGGGAUCCUGAGAGUGUUUCCAAAGUCCUUUGGCUGGAGGAGAUACAGCAAGCCAUCGAUGAGGCCAACAUGGACCAGGACAGAGCAAAGCAAUGGGUUACGCUGGUUGUUGAUGUCAAUCAGUGUUUGGAUGGAAAAAAAUCAGAAGAUAUCUUGUCUGUGUUGAAGUCUUCUACUCAUAAUGUACACGACAUACUCCCUGAAUGUGCCGACAGGUACUACAAUGCCCUCGUGAAAGCCAAAGAAAGCAAAUCUCAAGGCGUGUCUUGUGAAGGCUCCUGGCUCAAAUUCAACGUGCAGGAUAAAUAUAAUUACUAUUACAAUGUCGACUCUAAAGAGUGUUCGUGGAUUCCACCCGAAUCAGGCUUGCCUAAAGAAUCAUGGCUCACGGAGAAAGAAAUUGAGGACAUCAUUGAGGAAAUCACAAGAGAUUACAUCCGUGAGAAGAUGUGGGGUGCUUCAGAAGAUCUGCUUCUCCGCUUUCAAGCCACCAGCUCAGGCGCUCACCUUAGGGAAGAGUUUGAAGCUAGGAAAUUGUUCUUGAAUGAACAAGAAGAAAAUGUGGUGAAAAUACAGGCUUUCUGGAAGGGCCAUAAGCAGCGCAAGGAGUAUCUGCACAGGCAGCAAGUGUUCACUGGCAACGUUGACUCCAUCGUGAAGAUUCAGUCCUGGUUCCGAAUGGCAACAGCAAGAAAGAGCUACCUCUCGCGACUGCAGUAUUUCGAGGAUCAUGAAAAUGAAAUUGUGAAAAUACAGUCUCUCUUGAGAGCAAACAAGGCUAGAGAUGACUACAAAACACUAGUUGGCUCCGAAAACCCACCGUUAACAGUAAUCCGCAAGUUUGUGUACCUGUUGGACCAAAGUGACUUGGACUUCCAGGAGGAGCUUGAAGUGGCUCGGCUGAGGGAAGAAGUGGUGACCAAGAUCAGGGCCAACCAGCAGCUGGAGAAAGACUUGAACCUGAUGGACAUCAAGAUUGGCCUGCUGGUGAAGAACAGGAUCACGCUAGAGGAUGUAAUCUCACACAGGAAAAAGCUGAAUAAGAAAAAAGGGGGAGAAAUGGAAACGCUGAAUAACACUGACAACAAGGGCAUCAAGAGCUUGAGUAAGGAGAGGAGGAAGACACUGGAGACCUACCAGCAGCUCUUUUACCUCCUGCAGACCAACCCUUCAUACUUGGCUAAGCUGAUCUUCCAGAUGCCGCAGAACAAGUCGACUAAAUUCAUGGACACUGUGAUUUUCACCCUGUACAACUAUGCCUCUAAUCAGCGGGAGGAAUACCUGCUCCUCAAGCUCUUCAAAACUGCUCUGGAGGAAGAAAUAAAAUCGAAGGUGGACCAAGUACAAGACAUAGUGACUGGUAACCCCACGGUCAUCAAGAUGGUCGUCAGCUUCAACAGAGGGGCCCGGGGACAGAACACCCUACGCCAGCUCCUGGCUCCAGUGGUGAGAGAGAUCAUUGAGGACCAGUCCCUGAUCAUCAACACCAACCCCGUGGAGGUGUACAAGGCUUGGGUGAACCAACUGGAAACACAGACCGGAGAGGCCAGCAAGCUGCCGUACGAUGUGACCACAGAGCAAGCCCUCACAUAUCCAGAAGUGAAAACUAAGCUGGAGGCAUCCAUUGAGAACCUCAGGAAGGUCACCAGCCAAGUCCUGAGUUCAAUCAUUUCUUCCCUCGACCUGAUGCCUUAUGGAUUGAGGUAUAUAGCCAAGGUACUGAAGAAUUCGAUCCAUGAGAAAUUUCCCGAUGCAACAGAAGAUGAGCUUUUAAAGAUUGUUGGAAACCUCCUGUAUUACCGGUACAUGAACCCAGCCAUUGUGGCUCCCGAUGGCUUUGACAUCAUUGACAUGACAGCCGGAGGUCAGAUCAACUCUGACCAAAGGAGAAACUUGGGGUCCGUGGCGAAGGUUCUUCAGCAUGCAGCCUCCAACAAGCUGUUUGAGGGGGAAAAUGAGCAUCUGUCAUCGAUGAAUAAUUAUUUAUCAGAGACCUAUCAGGAAUUCAGGAAAUACUUCAAAGAAGCAUGCAAUGUCCUUGAACCAGAAGACAAGUUUAAUAUGGACAAAUACACAGACCUGGUGACAGUCAGCAAGCCAGUCAUUUAUAUUUCAAUCGAAGAGAUCAUCAACACACACUCACUCCUGUUGGAACAUCAAGACGCCAUUGCUGCUGAAAAGAGCGACUCCCUCAACGAGCUCCUGGAGCUGCUCGGGGAGGUGCCCACGGUGGAAUCGUUUCUUGGGGAAGGCGCCGUUGAUCCCAGUGACCCUAACAAGGAAAACACACUCAAUCAGCUCGCGAAGACAGAGAUUUCCCUCUACUUGACAAGCAAAUACGACGUCGGAGAUGGCGAAGCUGUGGAUGGCCGAAGCCUCAUGAUCAAGACCAAAAAGCUGAUUAUUGAUGUGACCCGGAACCAGCCAGGGAGCACACUGACAGAAAUCUUAGAGAUGCCAGCAACCGAGCAACAGGAACUAGAUCAUGCCAAAGAUAUGGCGAGCCGCGCCAACACGGACUCCAGGACUCCGGAAGAAGGGAAGUACAGCCAGCCGAUGAUGGACGACGCACGCCUGCCUCUGGAGCAGAAGAAGAGGAAAAUCCAGAGGAAUCUUCGGACUUUGGAGCAGACUGGACAUGUGUCAUCCAAAAAUAAAUACCAAGACAUUCUCAACGAGAUUGCCAAGGAUAUUCGAAAUCAAAGAAUCCAUCGUGAGCUUCGAAAAGCCGAAUUGGCAAAACUUCAGCAGACCCUGAAAGCACUUAAUGAGAAGGCAGCAUUUUAUGAAGAACAAAUUAAUUUUUAUGACACCUAUAUCAAGACUUGUUUGGACAACCUAAAAAGGAAAAAUUCUCGGCGAUCCAUCAAACUGGAUGGAAAAGCAGAACCCAAAGGGAUGAAGAGGGCAAAACCCGUGAGGUACACGGCAGCGAAGCUGCACGAGAAAGGUGUCCUGCUGGGCAUAGAUGACCUUCAGACACACCAGUUUAAAAAUGUUACAUUCGAUAUCAUCGCUACCGAAGAUGUGGGCAUCUUUGAUGUUAGAUCCAAAUUCCUAGGUGUGGAGAUGGAGAAGGUGCAGCUCAAUAUUCAGGACUUGCUUCAGAUGCAGUAUGAAGGCGUAGCCGUGAUGAAAAUGUUCGACAAGGUGAAAGUGAACGUGAACCUUCUCAUCUACCUGCUCAACAAGAAGUUCUAUGGAAAGUAAAGAGCCGGCUCAGACCGCCCGGACUCCGCAUCAUCUGCAUCGAGAAAUGAAUUCGUCUAGUAUUUUUGUUUUUAAACAUGAUUGAAAUCACUGCUUAUAAACGUGUGAUUUUUUUUUUUUUUUUUUUUAGGACCAAAACUGUUCUGAAGAAUGUACCCACGUGCCUUUUUUUUGGUAAUCUGAUACUACAGUAGAAUGACACAGAAAAAUGAAUGAAUGCAAACACAUCCACAUUGUACUGUGGUAUAGGUACUCCGAUUUCAAACUCUGGGCACCCUGUGAUUUGUCUUAAAGUAGGGGGAGGGGAGUUGAGCUGACUAGGGACAAAUGUAUAAACCUAUUUUCCUAUGAAAAACAUUAAAAAUGUCCCACUUAAAUAAUGUACUUCUUCAUAGAUUUUUUUUUUUAUCUGUGGAGAAAUGGAAAGCUAAUUAAUUUGUAAUUAUUUAGACAUAUAGUACUAAGCCCUGUCUUCUGGGAAUUAUCAAUUUUAAAGAAAACUUUUGUGCAAUUCAAGAUGAAGUUUUUUAUAAGAAAUUGAAAGUGAUAGUACAAUAACACUUUCUGUAUAAAGGUAUAUAUUUUAUGUGAUUUCGUUAGUUUCCUCAAUGCAAGUGCACUGCUGCCUCACGGAGAGACUCUUGGGCAAAGAGUCUGCCUAAGGACCCAUGUGGAAGCAGCGCAGGCCUGCCCCCCCCCCAUAAUCUGAACACUGCAAUCGUGCCUCUCAAUUUUUUGUAAUGCUAUAAAAUCAGUAUCUAGAUGGUUUUUAAAUGUAUUCUUUGAAAAUUGUUUUAUGUAAAAUAAAUGUUACGUAAUUACA